AUUUACAAAGGUUUUCAUACUUAUAUUUGUCUAUACUUUUAAAAAACGAAAAUAAAUACACGAAGAAAUAUUAUUUUGUGAAAAUGAAUAUAACAAUAUACUUUUGUAUUAUUUUAAUAUGUACGCUAUCAAGUACCAUACUAUGUGCAACGAAUACAGAUUUUCAGGCAUUUCUAUCAGAAACGAAAUUCACAGAUUACAAUAAAAAGAUUUUUCCUAAGGAAACACAGUCUGAUCAGAUAAUUGUUUCCAUGAAAUAUUCAUUAAUUGCUAUCAAUAAGUUGGACGAAGGACACGGACAAAUAAAUUUAGUUGGAUUUAUAGAAGCAUCUUGGACUAAUGAUUUGUUGACGGCAUGGACUGCCGGCAUAGAUGAAAUGAUGAUUGCUCAAGACAACGUUUGGUUGCCACCUAUUUCAAUACACAAUACAGUUGAAACACUUCAAACGUUAGGUUACAGGAGUAAUAAAAUCCGAUUAAAUAAGGACGGAACGCACACAUGGAAAGUAGGAAUAGUAUCAAAGACCAGCUGUAAAAUUACGAUGUCACAUUAUCCUUUCGAUAAACAUACAUGCCAGCUACAGUUUACACCGUUGGGUUAUUUGGAAGACCAGGUUAAACUUGAGAACUCUACCUCUGAAAUCGAGUUGACCUACUUUACAGAAAAUGUUCAGUGGUGGAUUGACCAAACUUCUAUAACAACAAGUACAAUUAAUGGAGCGUCAUAUUUAACGUUUAAUCUACGAAUAUCCAGACGUCCUGGAAAUGUUCUAAUCAAUUACGCCUUACCGGUCCUGAUAUUGUGUAUUUUAAGCAGUCUUUCAUACAUGAUGCCAGCAGAAUCAGGAGAACGAAUUGCCUACUCGGUCGUUACCUUCUUAUCUCUGGUGAUUUAUAUUACAAUGAUAGCAGAUAACAUUCCACGUUCGUCAAGUCCAAUCACGAUUUUGAGUAUCUAUCUGACAUUAAUGCUGGUGAUGAGCUCUCUGUCGAUGGCCAUGGCGACCUUGACUUUGAGAGUAUAUUCUCAAGAAGAGGCCACAGACAUUCCACUUUGGCUGAAACAUGUUACAUCCUUCCUUAAAUGCCAGAAGGGUAAAAAUUGUUGUUCUAAAAAGAAACGAAAGAGUAAAAUAGGCGACAGUUCGGACGGAUGGGUAGAUGAUGAGUUUGAUAAAGAUGACGACGAUGAAAGCGUGACAGAAGAAUACACAGACUGGGAUGAGAUGCAAUGGAAAGAUGUAGGAGGUGUUUUAGACUGGACAUUUUUCCUGCUGUUCCUGAUUAUGACAAUUGUUGUGGCCAUUUUCUUCUAUUUUCCAUUAGCGUUUGCAGAAACGUAAAAUUUUGUUCUUUUGUAUAUUUAAAUAUUCUUUGUCAGUGAUAAAGUGACGCAUUUUUUAAAUUUUUUUGAUCUCUUGGAAAAAUCGUUAGGAGUCAUAAAAGUAAAUAAGCGCUAAUAUACUCAUGCAAUAUGUCAACCAGGCUCCUAACAUUCAGAUCUUUAUUUGUUCCCUUUUAUUGGUAUUUUGCACAAAUCUGACGCACUGAUAGAUCUGGUUUAAUCUGAACUCACAUGUUUUGGCAUUAAUAUUAAAGACUUUCUUUUGAUACAAACAUACUCUAUAUCGGAAUUAUUCAUUUGAAAGUAUCGAUUGCCAACAAACCUUAAAAAGUGAUGUUUCUUGUUGGUCACUGGAUUUUAUUUUUAAUAAAACGUUUAAACCUUA